CCACAACAACUAAUUAAACCUGUCCACAAUUUGUCUCUCCCACCACUACUGUUUCUCCUCAACUCAACACAACAGGGGGAAUGGAUAACCACCUAAGCGUACACCAAAAGCACCCCAGCAACCAUGCCAAUAAGGCGAACAAGAAGAGCAAGAAAAAGAAGCAGCCCUUCAAGGUUGUGUACAUAUCUAAUCCGCUGAAGGUUACCCUGACUGCCGACAACUUCCGCGCCCGCGUGCAGGAGCUCACGGGCCGAGAGUCCAACGUCGCCGACGAGGGCGUCGCAGGAUUCAGCGACACGAGCCACGAUACUACUUCCCCGGUGUCGGCGGCGGCGGCGGCGGUGGUCGGGCCGAGGCCCGAUUCGAAUAGGCUAGCGGAUGAGUACUCUUUCGGCGCCGUGGCGCCGCUGUAUGAUCAGAUGUUUGGUGAAGCGUUCUCCGCGCCCCAAGCGCCCGGUAACUUUCCGGGACUCUUUUAUGAGCCGCGUACCGAGGGUGGAUUCUCCCAUGCAGCAUAGGUAAAUUACGUUAGUGAAUGAAUAGUAGGCUUCUGGGGUUGUGCUCCUCAUAGUGUGUAAGUAUUGUUGCCUAAUAUUGUUCAUAUUUUUCUAAAAUGAAAAGGUAGCAUGUAUACAUAUGUAUGACUUGUUUUGUUUAUUACUUCAGAAAAAAAAAAUUAGUUAGAAAUAUGUGUUGGUUUAAAAAAACCAGUAUUUUGCCCCUAUGGCAGGAGAUUUCAUGUUUGAAAUGACGGAAGAUCGGAUUGGAUUAAGUCAUGCAUAUUCAAAAUGGUGAAAGAUUGAUUGGACCGAGUCACAAUCGAAUUCCGUUGGCGUUAUGUUUCCAUGCUAAGUGAAUUAAUUAUAUAUUUCUAACAGUUUGAGCUUUUGGAAGCUAUUAGGUUUCGAAUUUGAAAUCUCGGAUACCAGCCAUCAGAUCUUUUGCGACCUGCUACGGUUAGGGUUUGUGAGAUCUUAAGUUUUGGUUGCUGCAGCAGCAAGCUUUUUAUUUCGUCGUAGCUUCGACCGUAGAAGUAGAUAGGAAUAAAAUUUUGCAUCUCAAAAAGAGAAACUUUAAAGCAGUGAUAUUGCUGCAGAGUAAAUUUUAAAUUUGGUGCUUUUGAUUGUUUGGACUUGUUACUAAUUAUUCAAAUAAAGCCUCAACUUG